GCGGCUUCUCAUAAAUUUAUAGCCGAUUUUUCUAUUUCUAUCGAAAUAAAUUAUUGUGUCAUUCGCUAAUUACUUUCAUUUUUCAGCCAAGAAAGUUCCUCUGCAGUUUGGUCGAGUGUGUGCGUUCGGAGAUUUUGAUGGAGAUCGAUAUACGGACAUUCUGGUUCAGCGAGGUUCAAACUUGACAGUACUAUUGCAGGAUAAUGAAAUGCUCAAUGUGGUGAACUUCCUUGAAGAAGGUGUGUUCAAAAACUCGACUACAUUCCGAGUUGGAGACGGGACUGUCGAAUGUUCGUUAGGAGAUUUCAAUGGCGAUACAAAACUGGAUGUACUCGUCUCAAUGAAAAAGCGAGAUGAUUAUCAUCACUCAGUUUGGAUCUCCACACCUCUUCGCGACUCUUUCGUUGAACAUAAACUUGCCGUCCUUUCUUCACAAGCAAUGGCUAUCGAUGUAGAUGGGAACGGUUGGCACGAUGUGCUAGGUUUUUACCCCAAUGGAUCAAUGUAUUGCAUGACGUUCAGUCGUGAUGGAAGCCCUGCGUUUGACUGCAAUUAUCUUUUCCCGGGUUUCAUACGAAUAGAUCCAUAUCCGGGGGUCCCGCAUCUAUUCGCCGACUUCACAGGAGACCAUCUGUCCGAAAUUGUGUUCAUGGAUACGCUUACCACUGGAAGCGGAAAACUACUCUCACCAAGAAUGUGGGGUCGUUUCAAGAAUGGGUGGCGGGAAACGCCAAUGCUCAUUAGUCAAAUUCCUGGCGAGCAUCAAUAUGUUGGUGCUCCGCUGGUAGCCGAUUUUGAUGCUGAUGGAUUUAUAGAGCUUCUCGUUCCGAUUUGUAGAAAAGCGGACUGCAAGCAGGUCACUGAAUUUGCCAACUGGCAGUAUACUCGUGGCUGGUCAACGAAUGCUUUCGAUUUACAGGUACUCUUUUUUUAG